AGAAAGACCCGAAUAGCUCCAACAAAAAUCGCUAUUAGUCCCCAAAAUAUAAUCAAAUAAAACGGUUUUGAACAGUUUACCAGUUCAAAUCUGAAGAAGAAAACACUAACUACUUACCCAAGACUAUUUUACUUUUUUCCGCCGUUCAGAGUUUUUUAAACUUCCCAGAAGUAAGCGGAGCUUUCAACCUUUGCCCGCGCCAUUGAUUGGGCAUAAAUAGCAUCGACCCACUUCUGCAUUUGUUCCUUUAAUCUCGCUAUGUCUAUUUCGCAUGGUCUUCUCUGUAAUUUCACCCCCAACAAGCUCAAUUGGAGUUUUUAAUCAACGCAUGGCUCAUUUGGAAAGUGGGUUCGGGUCGGAUCGGUCACAGUUGGAGUAAGUCAUCCUCCCCAUUUUUACUUGACCGACAUGAGUAAUCACAAAGCACCACCGGACUCCUUGUUUCUCAGACGGGGAAUCAGUCUGAGUAAUAUGAUGAAGGAACGAGAUGAUGAUCUGGCGCUCUUUCAUGAUAUUCGUAAACGAGACAAUAAGUUUAGUGGCAAUCUUCUUCUUCCGGUUUCUGAGGAAUUUGAAGCCGUUCUGGGAGGAGACAAAAUCAGCAGUUCACCCUUAUACAAAAUACCAGAAUCUACAGCAAGACGGAGGGGAGGUUCUGGUGACUUCCUAACAGCAGAUGGAGAUAAGAGUGAUUAUAGCUGGCUUUUAACACCACCUGGCACUCCUCUGUUUCCUUCCUUGGAAAUGGAAGCAAAAGCUAAAGGUUUUGAACAAUGUGACAUUCCUGUGGUUAGGCCACUCGCAGCUAUAAAAACAUCCAGGCUCACCGAUUCUCAGGUGAAGUCUUCAUUAAAGAAUGCAAAAGCUGGUUUGACUUCACGUCAGACAACCCCCUCUUAUACAGCAGCUAAGAAGCCUUCAGCAACAACAGCUAAGAAGCCUUCAGCAACAACAGCUAAAUCUCCCCCAUCUUCAAGGUCUUCUACUCCUUCAUCAAGGUCGUCCGUGUCUGCAUAUAAACCCUUAUCCACAUCAGCUCAGCGGUCAUCCACACCAGUGCAGCGGUCAUCCACAUAUACAGCAGCUAAGAAGCCUUCAGCAACAACAGCUAAAUCUCCUUCAUCUUCAAGGUCUUCUACUCCUUCAUCAAGGUCGUCUGUAUCUGCAUAUAAACCCUUAUCCACAUCAGCUCAGCGGUCAUCCACGCCUGUGCGGCGGUCAUCCACACCUGCACAGAGGUCAUCCACACCUGCACAGCGGUCAUCCACAUCAGCACAGAGGCCAUCUACAACAGGUCAAAAAUCAUCCACCCCAAGGCUUACACAGAAUAAUCCCCCUCCAGAGCGCUCUUCUUCUGUUAGCAAAACUAGUACCAUGCCAUCUAGAAAUCCAGCUUUAUCGCGAGGAACCUCACCCACUGUCAAGCCGAGACCUUUGCAGCCAUCUUCAAUAGCUGGUUUUACACUUGAAACACCUCCAAAUUUAAGGACUGACAUGCCAGGGCGGUCAGCAUCUGCUAAUAGGGGCAGACCUGGAUCAUCCAGCUCUGCACGGUCUAAUACUGUAGCUCCUACUUCAAGCAACAAGCCGAGGAGGCAGUCAUGUUCUCCUAGUGUGACAAGAGGAAGAGUUUCAAAUGACAGCCUUAAUGGAAAUAAGUCUAGUUUGGUAGCCAAGAAAAACAGCAAUGGCAUUCAGGGUGCAAUGCCAGGUGUAGUUGGCAGCAAGAUGGUAGAGAAGUUGAUGAAUGCAAGGAAAUCUACCCCUCCAGGAAAAGUAGAGGAAGCUACCAAUCAGUUUGUUGGUUCUACAUUAAACACCAAAAUGUCAUUGAAGUCGGUGCCAUCUCAAUCUGGUGAUCGCUUUGGCAUGACAAUCUCAAAGAAAUCCUUGGACAUGGCUCUCAGGCACAUGGAUAUACGGGGAAGCAUGGGAAGCAGCAUUAGGCCUCAUAUGAAAAAUAUUCCAGCAUCAUCUCUGUAUAGUGUUCGGUCAGGAUCCAUUAAAAGCAAAUCAAGUGGCAUAUCCAGAUCUCCAACAGCCACUAGUAGCAAUGCAAGUUCAGAGUCGAGUGCAAAGAUUUCCCCAGACCCCGACGUUAGCAAGUUUGAUGAUGAUGAAUUUGGUAGUGACAGAGGAAGCAAAUCCUCACGAGCUAGUUGGCAAGAUAGUCUUCACUUCAAGGGGGGUGCAAAGAGCACAAAUUGGCUGCUCAGUGAAGAAACUAUUGAAGAUAGAGAUGAUCAAUCUCUCAUCUCUGAUCAAGGAUUUGAAAUGUUAUCUGAUCCAAUGGACGAUGUUGCAAGAGCUUUAACAGCGUUUGAAUAUAAUAAUGGUAAAGUUGGUAUGGAUUACUGAUAGCACCACUACUGUCUAAUAUGUGCAACCAUUUGGGAUUUGAUGGUUUGGUGUUUACACCAAUAAUUUACUCACAAAAAAGCUUCUAUUAGUAUUUGGGUUAAUUCCUUUUUACUCGAGAAGCACAGAUGGUGCCAUUCUGGUUCAGGUACCUCCAAAUGUAGAGGUGCAGUAAAGACAUUGUAUCUUGGAAAAGUCCUUUGUAUGAUUUAAAUCCUUUUUGGGAGUAAUCUGAAGGACUCAGCAUGACUCUGUAGUAUUCUUUUUUUUUCAAAAUUAUUUAUGGAAAAUUCAUCUAAAAUUUUAUCUUCCC